CACAACCUUACUACAGCUAUAUAAUCUCGUCCAAGAAACUACUUCUUUCAAUUUUCUUCCAUCUCAACAAUGCACCAACGUCCCCACCACCAUUUUCUUACACACCAUCAACAUGGAUCACAUCGUCAAUCGUGACCGUCAGGUCCCAAAGCGUCAACGACUACCCUUCCCGCCCGAUAUUUUUCUACGAAUUUGUUCAUUUCUAUCACCAUCAGAUGCACGUUCCUUACGACUUUGCUGCAAGACACUAGCAAACAUCGGCGCUCGGUAUGGUUUUAGGAACAUCACCCUUUAUGUCAACAAGUCCGACUUUGACAUGCUACGUGCUUUUUCUCGCCAUCCAGUGAUCAGCAAAAAUAUCAGGACCCUCACCUACAUGCCUGAGACACUUCUCCGCGAAACACACCCUCUAUACUAUUCCAUUCAGGAAUAUGCGAAUUUCUCUGCUAGCAACUACUACAUGACCAAACGCGUCAAAAAGUCUAAGCAGAACUGGCUUCCGAAUGGCGCCUUGGAUAACCUGCCUAUCUCCAUUGAAGAUAUCCAAGAAAACUACCGCCAUUACAUGAUCACUGCCCAAGAACAGUUCCAGAUAGUGGAUGGGAAAGAAGACUUUGCACUUCUCAAGGAAGUUCUCCCCAAACUCACAUCAUUGGAGGGAAUCUACGUUGGUAGCUCACCUUACAAAAGACGCUACUUCUCACCAUUCUUCGCAUGGACAAUGGAUCCAUCGUAUGAGCUACCCGUACAAGCUAUAAUGUACGGGCUCAGUGGCUCAGGCCUUCGACUACGCCGACUUGAGAUAGAUGGACUACUUCCCAGUAUCCUGAACACGGGUUUCUUGCAACAGCUCAGUCCCUCAUGCAAGUACUUGAAGUCUAUCGAUCUCUUAAUCGAAGAGGACACCGAGGACUACGACGAAGUCUUUCGUGUCGAUCCCAUCUUUGAGAAGACUCGCCACGAGAAAGAGCCCGGCGCGUUGGCAAAGUUCCUCAAAGCCCUCCCAAACCUCGAAGAAAUAGACAUUACUUGGGACACGGAUGAUUGGGAGGCCCGUUAUCCCUUACGAGAAGUUAUCUACCCGGGCUCCCGAUGGAGUAACUUACGGGACAUCAACUUGCACAAAAUCCGAACGGAAAGACAAGAGUUGAUCGCUUUUUUCACGCAACAUCGAUUAACACUUCAGAAAGUCUCAAUAGGAUAUUGUGUUCUGGAGAGCACCUCAUGCAGAAUUCUCUUGUGCCAGAUGAAAGAGAUCUUGAAGCUCACGGACAUCUGCAUUUACAACAUCAUGGAGGGUAGAUUCGAGAACGGCGAGGACAAUACUGGAUUCAUUUACGUUCCUAACCGUCUCUCUGACCCUUUCAGACAAGAAUGUGACCCUUUCGGGCAAGAAUGGUGGUUUAGUGACCCACCCGAUCCCGAAUGCCUGGGAACUAAGGUAGCCGAUUGGUUUCUUCGCGAUGCACCUUGUCCUCUCGUGCCUGGUAUACAGUAUCUAGAGGAUCUUAUGUUCGCCUCGCCCAAUACGAAGUCCGAUAUCCAUUAGCAUAUGAGCAACCGUUGUAUUGCGUUUGCCGCUAUUGCAUCUCGAGUUGUUGUCAGAAGGUGGCAUGGCAAGGAAACGGCACACCGGAUAUCUUGAGAACGAAUUGCGUUGGGGAGGUACAGGGUGCUAUGAAGGGGGGAUGAAGCCCAUAAAUCGGGAUGAUAAUGUCAAUUAAGAAAUUGAUAUUCGGACAACAAACGUCCACGACUUGCUAUUCAUGACUGUAGCAGAAAUGUGACUCUUUAAAUUGCCAGAUUUAUGAUAAACAAUUACUUUUCAUUGAACAAGACAGACCGAUGACAAGGCAGUUGAAAAUGUUCGAGAUAUUCGUCGUCAUUCCACUUCUU